AAGAUCCAGAGAAUCAUGGCUCCCCCUAUCAGUGGUAUUCAACAACAGAUUGGUAUGGAAAUGGAAGCACAGUUAACGAAAGCCGGCAACAAUGGCAAGUAUGUGGCCCGAAUGUGGCUCCAUUUGCUUCUUCUAUUACUUCUCUCAGUCACGGCAACGUCGCGGACAGUCGUGGAGACUCUACCGGGGUUUUCCGAUACGCUUCCGUUCAAACUGGAAACUGGGUAUGUGGCGGUGGGGGAGACGGAUGAUUUACAGCUGUUUUACUAUUUCAUUGAGUCGCAAAGAAACCCAGUAAAAGACCCUCUUGUGCUUUGGCUCACCGGAGGCCCUGGUUGUUCUGCUCUCUCCGGCCUCCUUUAUGAAAUCGGACCAAUAACUUUCGAUUACGACACUUUCAAUGGUAGCUCGCCUGCACUUGUUGUAAACCCAUACGCAUGGACCGAGGUAGCAAACAUAAUAUUCUUAGAUGCACCAGUUGGCACUGGAUUCUCCUACUCUGAAAGCACUGAAGGCUACUACAGCUCGGACACAAAAUCACCUUAUGCUAUUUAUCUUUUUCUUAGGAAGUGGCUUUUGGACCAUCCCAAGUAUCUCAAAAAUCCACUUUACAUCGCUGGAGAUUCUUAUUCAGGCGUAAUUGUUCCCCAAGUCACUCUUCUAAUAUCAGAUGGUAAUAUAGCCGGAAGCAACCCAUCCAUGAAUCUCUUGGGGUACAUGCUUGGCAACCCAGUAACAGAUCAACAUGGUGAUGAAAAUUCAAGAGUCAAAUAUUACCACCGGUUGACACUUAUAUCGGAUGACCUUUAUGAAUCAGUCAAUGUAAAUUGCAAUGGAGAAUUUGUUAAUCCAGAUAUAACCAAUUCAUCAUGCCUCGAUGAUAUCGGGAUUAUUGCAGAGUGCACAAUGAAAGUAAACGAUGCACAAAUUUUGGAACCCAAGUGUAGCUUUGCAUCCCCAAGACCAAAAACCAUGAACUGGGGAAGAAAAUUUUUUGAUGACAUUCCGGACGAGAUCAUCCAAUCACCAACUAAACGCGAGGAGAAAUGGUGUCGGAAUAACAAUUAUGUGCUCUCUUACAUGUGGGCAAAUGAUGAAAUUGUCCAGAAAACUCUUGGAGUUCGAAAUGGGACAAUAUUAGAUUGGAAGAGAUGCAAUAAAAGUUUGGCUUAUGAUAGCGACCUCAACACGGUGGUCCAUUAUCAUCAAGAACUCCUUAAGAGAGGAUAUCGAGCUCUCAUUUACAGCGGUGAUCAUGAUAUGAUGAUUCCUUAUGUGGGUACACAAGCAUGGAUAGCUUAUCUGAGUCUGCCAUUGGUUGAUGGUUGGAGGCCAUGGUUUGUUGAUGGACAAAUUGCAGGAUUCACAGAGAAGUAUUCGACUACUAAAGGAGACGGCUUGACCUUUGCGACAGUGAAGGGAGGGGGUCACACAGCUCCAGAAUACAAGCCUCAACAAUGUCUUGAAAUGGCUGAUAGAUGGAUGUCUUACUAUGCUCUGUAAUGAUAAUUUUUUAUCAACGAAUUUGUUUGAAGAUUUUCAUGAUUUGUGACGAAUGAAGCAGCUUGUAUGAGAUUAAAAGCCCCCAUCAUUUUUGCUCAUGCACUCAA